AUGGCUCUCAACUGCACGGCUGCAGCCAUCCCACAUCCCUCGGUCUUUGGCGUUGAGGUUCUCAGCGUUCAGGCCAAUCUAGUCACCAAUCUCACCGAGAGCAUACCCCCUGGCUUCUAUUCAAAUCAUGGCCGCGUCUCAAUCAAGAGUCUUGACUUCUGCAAUGUCACUGUAACUUACACUCACCCUGGCCGCAACGACAACAUCAACGUUCAGGUAUGGAUGCCUGCCGAUGGGACCUGGAAUGAACGACUGCAAACACAGGGUGGUGCUGGAUAUCAAGCUGGUCUACACUAUGCGGGUCUUCAGGCCAUGAAGGCAGCCAUGGGAGAAGGCUACGCCACCGCUGGUACCGAUGCUGGAUUGGGUUCUGAGGCUACUCCGAUCAACUGGGGUCUUGUUAGUCCUGGGAACGUCAAUCUCAAUCUUUUGGAGAACUUAGGAUCGACGUCGCUUAAUGAGACUGCCGUCAUCAGCAAGAGUGUCAUUCAAAGCUUCUACGGCCAGUCUCCCAAGUUUUCAUAUUUUAAUGGUUGCUCUCAGGGUGGUCGUCAAGGCCAUCUGAUUGCCCAGAGGUAUCCCGAUGCCUACGAUGGUAUCGCUGCAAGCGCCCCGGCCAUCAACUGGAAUAGGUUCUUUGUUUCUGGACUAUAUCCACUGUUCCUUAUGGACUCCUUGAACUACGCGCCACCAUCCUGCGAGAUUUCCGCCUUCACGGCAGCCGCUAUUUCCGCCUGCGACGGCAAUGACGGAGUGCUAGAUGGUAUCAUCUCUGAUCCUGAAAAUUGUACAUUUGACCCGACGUCACUUGUUGGCACAGUCAUUGACAACUGUACCGACUUUGGCACUCCCCUUACCAUAAGCGCCAAAGCGGCCGCCAUUGUUGGAGGAGCUUGGGGUGGAGCAAAGCGAGCUGAUGGCUCCCAAAUUUGGUUUGGCAUAAACAAGGAUGCGACGCUCGUGGGUUCUGAUAGCGACGGCGCCGUCAUUCCCACAACUUGCUCUAAUGGCACUUGCAUACGCCGCAAGAACGCCCUGUAUGAGUCCUGGGUUGGAUCAUUUCUUUACAAGGAUAUGACAGGUGUCUUCGCGAACGUCUCCCAAGCCGAGUUCGAUCGCAUCGCCCAGGAAUCGUUCCAGCAAUACGCUUCCUUCCUAGAGACCGCUGACCCCGACCUCUCCGCCUUCCGCGACCGGGGUGGCAAGAUGAUUGGGUAUCAUGGCAUGAUCGAUGCUGUCAUUCCAACUCGCGGAUCCCAAAAGUAUUAUGACGACGUACUUGCACAUGAUCCCAAUGCGGCCGACUACUACCGCAUGUUCCUCGCUCCAGGCAUUGCUCACUGCUUCACUGGCCCGGGCGCCUUCCCCGACACAACCUUCGAUGCCUUGGUCAGGUGGGUUGAAGAGGGAGUCGCCCCUACGACCCUCGCCGCGACGAGCGUGGGAACUGACCCCAUCAUCAAGCGGCACCUGUGCGCGUAUCCUGAAAAGGAGACAUACGACGGGGUUGGUAAUGUCACCCGGGGCGAAGGUUUCUCAUGUAGUUAG